GACCCCGGAAGCGGUUACCGCGGAGCGAAGGUCGCCCUACGGGAUCGGUCGACUUGAAAGACUCAUAUUGCCUGAGGAAGAAGCCCUGAAGAGGAGGAAGAGGAAAGAAAGAGGAGUCUGGAAUGGCUCUUUCUCAGACACAGUUGACAUUCAAGGAUGUGGCCAUAGAAUUCUCUCAGGAGGAGUGGGAAUGCCUGGACCCUGCUCAGAGGGCCUUGUACAGGGACGUGAUGUUGGAGACCUACGGGAACCUGCUCUCCCUGGAUACCUCUCUUAAAUGUGUGAUCAAGGAAUCCGCACCAAAAGAGAACAGUCAUACAGGGGAAGUGUUGCAAACAGUGUUGUUGGAAAGACAUGAAAGCUGUGAGACUGAGGACUAUGGCUAUAGGGAAAUCCAGAAAAAUGAGCGUGACUUUGAGUACCAGUGGAGAAGUGACAAAAGAAAUUACAGAGGAGUGCCUGUCACCCAUAAAAAAAAUCUCACUGGUAGAAGAGAUCAACAUGGUAGAAGAGAUGAAGGAGACAAGCCUAUUGAAAACAGGCUCGGACUAAGCUUUCAGUCACAUCUGGCCGAACUGCAGAUAUUUCCAACUGAAGGGCCAUUGUAUGAGUAUCAUCAAGUUGAGAAGUCUAACAACAGUGGUUCCUCACUGUCAGUACUUCAGAGAAUUCUUCCGAGUGUCCAAACCAACAUUUUUAAUGAAUAUGGGAAUGAUUUCUGGCAUUCUUCGUUACUCACAGAAGACCAGAAAGCAUACAUUAGGGAAAAACCUUACAAAUGUGAUGAGUAUGACAAAGCAGUUAAUCAUGGCUCACAACUCACUAACCAUCAGGUAAUCCACACAGGUGUGAAACCUUACAAAUGUAAUGUAUGUGGCAAAGCCUUUAACCAGAGCUCACAUCUCACUAGACAUCAAAGAAUCCACACAAGAGGGAAACAUCACAAGUGUGAGGAAUGUGGUAAGGGCUUCAGUUACAGUUCACACCUUCUACGUCAUCGCAGAAUUCAUACCGGAGAGAAACCCUACCAGUGUAGCGAGUGUGACAAAGCCUUUAGUGUGUAUUCAAGUCUUAUUUAUCAUCAGGUCGUCCAUACUAGAGAGAAACCGUACAAAUGUAAUGAGUGUGGCAAGGUCUUCAGUCAGAGUUCAAGCCUUACUAAUCAUCGCAGGAUUCAUACUGGAGAGAAACCUUACAAAUGUAAUAAAUGUGGCAAAGCCUUUAAUCAGAGCUCCCACCUCACUCGACAUCAGGUCAUGCACACUGGAGAGAAACCCUACAAAUGUAGUGAGUGUGGGAAGGUCUUCACUCAGAAUUCAAGCCUCGUAAGUCAUCGGAGAAUUCAUACUGGGGAGAAGCCAUACAAAUGCAACGAGUGUGGCAAAGCAUUUGGUGUGUAUUCAAGUCUUACUUAUCAUCAGGUCACCCAUACUAGAGAGAAACCUUACAAAUGUAAUGAGUGUGGCAAGGUCUUCAGUCAGAGUUCAAGCCUUCCUAGUCAUCGCCGGAUUCAUACCGGAGAGAAACCUUACAAAUGUAAUCAGUGCGGCAAAUCCUUUAUUCAUUGCUCAAACUUCAACAGACAUAAGAAAAUCCACACUGGAGAGAAACCUUACCAAUGCAGUGAGUGUGGCAAGGUCUUCACUCAAAACUCAAGCCUCAUAAGUCAUCGGAGAAUUCAUGCUAGAGAGUAACCUGACCGAUGUAACGAGUGUGGCAAAAUAACACAAGUUCAAGCAUGGAUUGACACCAGAGAGUCCACACUAAAGAGAAAUUACAUCAGUGUAACAUAUAGGACAGAGGACUUGUACAGACUUCGCAACUCACUAGACAUCAGAAUAUACAUCUUUGAUGAAGCCACAAGAAUGUAAUGUGUGUAUAAAGGCUCUUAUCUGUAGAUCAAAACUACAGAACAUCGCAAGAUUCCUACUGGAGAUCAGCUUUACAAAUGUAAUGAACGUGGGAAGGCUUUUUAUUAAACAUUCAUGGCUUUGAUGUCAUGAGAGGAUUUAUACCUGAGAGAAACCAGGGAAAUUUUUUUUUUUUUUUUUUUUAGGUACGCGGGCCUCUCACUGCUGUGGCCUCUCCCGUUGCGGAGCACAGGCUCCGGACGCGCAGGCCCAGCGGCCAUGGCUCACGGGCCCAGCCGCUCCGCAGCAUGUGGGAUCUUCCCGGACCGGGGCACGAACCCAUGUCCCCUGCGUCGGCAGGUGGACUCUCAACCACUGCGCCACCAGGGAAGCCCAUGGAAAUUUACUGAAUGUGGAAAGGCCUUUAAGCAACAGUGUCCCCUCAGGAUUCACCAAAGAAUUCAUAAUGGAAAGAAGCCUUACAAAAGUAAUGAAUAUUUAAAAUUUCUUCAAGACUUUUUGCAACAGAAUCCACAUCAGAGUAUUCACAUGAGGAAUAACUAAGUCUCAAGUUUAGUCUGAAAUAUUGCAUACUGCAGAAUAAAAUUAAAAGUCAAAAUAUGUUAAAACUUAGGUAGAUAUAUAGCUAGAUCCUGAGGAUGUUAUCCUAUGGUUUCUUUUCUGAAUCUCUUAUAGUUUAAAGUAGUAUAGUUUUACAUUUCACGUUUAAAGCUAUGACCGAUUUUGAGCUAAUAUUUGUGCAGGUGUGAAGUUUUGGUGGAGAUUCUUUCAUUUUUUUUCCUAGUGUGGAAGAUCAGUUGAUAUGGUGUAAUUUUUUUCAGAUUCUUGCUUCAUUCAGGUUUCUUGGUACCUUUGUCAAAACUCAGUUGCAAGUAAUUGUGUGGGGCUAUUUCUGGGUUCUCUGUUUUGUUCCAUCGUUCUGUAUGUCUCACUCCACAAAAUCAGUCUUGAUUACUUUUUAUCUUAUUAGAAGUUUUGAAUUGAAUGAGUGAUUCCAACCAGUUUAUUCUUCUUCAGAUAUUUUAGCUAUUCUAGUUCCUUUUGCCUUUCCAUAUAAGUUUUAGAAAAAUCUUGUUUGUGCCUACAAAAUAUCUUGAUAGAAAAUGCAUUAAGCCUGCCUGUCAGUUUGCGAUCAUUUGACAUCAUUUCUAUGUUAGGCCUUCCAAUAAAUGGCUGUAGUAUGUCUA